AUGACAGACAGAUCUCGACGGCCGGCAGGCUCAGGCCCUGCCGUUGACGCCUCUGAGCUCGCUCGCCAGUUCGAACAGUUGCUGCGGACAAGAAGGUUGAACACUCUCCAGGGACGAUCCAGAUCACGCACCUCCUCGCCCAUGCCUUCAUCGUCAACGCCAACAACGCCAACGCCAGCAUCACCACAUCAUCCUCACCAUCACAGCCAGCACGCCCAUGGCCGGCCAUUGCCUUCGCAGCCGCCAUCGUACUCGUCUAUUCGUAGUUUUCCUAUCUUUCCGACGCCGCCGCAGGAUUCCGCCUCCCUCAAGUUUCGCAACCUCCUCCACGUCCUUUCCGUAACACCUAUGAAAUAUGAGAACCCAGGCCUGCUGGACGAGGCGCUCUCCCACGUUCCUCUCGACCGUCUCUACGCAGAGGCAGAGGAAGAGUGUCAGAUUCUGCAGGCAGAGGCGGCAAGCAUGGGUGAAAACGUGAAACCAACCUGGGGCUACCAGGACUGCGUCAUCAAGGCUCUCCUCAGAUGGUUCAAACGCUCAUUCUUCCAGUUCAUCAAUAAUCCCCCUUGCUCGAGAUGCCUCAGACCAACCCUUCUUCAGGGCAUGACACCUCCAACUCCAGACGAAACUGCCCGGGGAGCCACCAGAGUCGAACUCUAUAUCUGCUCGGAGCCCUCCUGCGCCAGCCCUGAGCGAUUCCCUCGAUACUCUGACGUAUGGACUCUGCUGCAGUCCAGACGCGGCAGAGUAGGCGAGUGGGCCAAUUGCUUUAGCAUGCUGUGCAGAGCCGUCGGUGGCCGCGUACGUUGGGUCUGGAACUCAGAAGACCAUGUAUGGACUGAAGUUUACUCUGAGCAUCAGAAAAGAUGGAUUCACGUCGACGCCUGCGAGGAGGCUUGGGACAACCCCCGUCUCUACACAGAAGGCUGGAACCGAAGAAUGGCCUACUGUAUCGCCUUCUCCAUCGAUGGAGCCACGGAUGUCACCCGUCGCUACGUACGAAACCCUGCGAAACAUGGUCUCGACCGUUCUCGUGCUCCCGACGAGGUAUUACUCUGGGUCAUCCACGAGAUCAGACGAAUGCGUCGUGAGAACCUUUCCAAGGAAGAACGAAGACGAUUGGUAAAAGAGGACGAACGUGAAGAGCGUGAGCUUCGUGGAUACGUCGCCCAGAGCAUCGCAACUGAACUCAGUCGAUUGAAUCCCAACGGUGUCUCGGCGCCGGCUCCCGGUGACGAAGUCAAGGUUCCUGUCUCUGCAGCUGCAACGACUACGGGACAGAGUGGAGUUGAACGGACGGGUCAGCCAAAUCCAGAUCCGUCUAGGAGGCAUCGAUGA